AUGGAUCUGCACUGCAAAGCGGACCCCUUCUCAGCCAUGCACCGGCACGGCGGGGUGAACCAGCUGGGCGGGGUGUUCGUGAACGGCCGCCCACUGCCUGACGUGGUGAGGCAGCGCAUCGUGGAGCUGGCCCACCAGGGGGUCCGGCCCUGCGACAUCUCCCGCCAGCUGCGCGUGAGCCACGGCUGCGUCAGCAAGAUCCUCGGCAGAUAUUACGAGACCGGCAGCAUCAAACCUGGCGUAAUCGGAGGCUCCAAGCCUAAAGUGGCGACGCCCAAAGUAGUGGAUAAAAUUGCAGACUAUAAGAGACAGAACCCCACCAUGUUUGCGUGGGAGAUUCGGGACAGACUUCUGGCAGAAGGAGUGUGCGACAACGACACGGUCCCCAGCGUCUCGUCCAUCAACAGGAUCAUCAGAACCAAAGUGCAGCAGCCGUUUCAUCCCUCGCCAGACGGAUCCUCGCUAACGUCUCCCGUACACACAAUCGUCCCCAGCACUAUAUCUCCUCCGGUCACCAGCGCCUCCAAUGACCCCGCGGGAUCCUACUCCAUCAACGGCAUCCUGGGAAUCCCCCGAACCAACGGCGAGAAGAGGAAACGAGACGACGACUCGGAGGGCCCUGGAGCUCACAGCCACUCUCCAGGAGGCGUGGAGACCCUGCGGAAACACCUGAGAGCCGACGCCUUCACGCAGCAGCAGCUGGAAGCUCUGGACCGAGUCUUUGAGAGACCUCAGUAUCCGGACUUCUCCUCCUCAGACCACGUCAAGCCAGAGCAGGCCACAGAGUACUCUCUCCCCACCCUCAGCUCCAGUCUGGACGAGGUGAAGCCCAGUCUGUCCUCUGGAACCUCGGACCUAGGCCCCGGAUCCGGACCUCAGAACUUCCCAGUCGGUCGGGACAUGGCAAACACGACUCUCCCUGGAUACCCUCCCCAUGUGCCCCCUACUGGCCAGGGCAGCUACCCCACUUCCACACUGGCUGGCAUGGUCCCAGGCAGUGAGUUUUCGGGGAACCCCUACAGUCACCCACAGUACACCACCUACAACGAGGCCUGGAGAUUCAGCAACCCGGCUUUACUAAUGCCACAUCGAGAGGCUCGGCUGCCGCUGCUGCCUCUGCCUACGACCGCCACUGACCACUACCACAACCAUCAACACAACCAGCGCAUGCACCAGCACCGCCUGGGGAUCCACAUCUGA